AUGUCUACUAAACGUAGCGUAUACAAGAAGAAUAGCCCGAGUGACAAGCUUGCAGUAUACCUAUCAGCACGUGACAUAUUUGACGACCUUGAAAAUGUGGACCCGAUUGAAGGAGUUGUGACCACCGAUAUGGGGAGUUUGAGGGAAAGCAAGCUGUUUGCUCGAAUUCGGUGCACUUUCCGGUAUGGAGAGCAAUCGAUGGAUGAUGUAUUGUCGGGAGUGGCAUUCUUCAAGGAGUUUCUUAUCGAGACAGUCCAGCUUUAUCCUUCGGAAGACAAGAAGCCACCAGAGUUGAGUGACGUCCAAAAACGUUUGAUGGAACGAUUUGGAGAAAAUGCCAUACCGUUUCGGUUUACCCUACCCCAUGAUAUUCCUGCAUCUAUUACUAUCCAGUCAGAACCUAGCUCUGUCCCAGUGGAACAUCCUUGUGGAAUUGAAUACAUGCUCCAGGUUUUCAUUGGAAGAUCCGCCACGGGCAAUGUAAGCAAGAAGAAUUCCAUAUCGAUGGCCAUUCGGCGUUUAACUCUGGCAAUUCCAGAUCCAAACUCGUCUCCAUACACAAAAGAAAUCGUCAAAAACUUUCACUUCCACUCAGGCAUGCUCAAAGCCACUGUGACACUAACAAAAGAAGUUUUCUAUCACGGAGAGCCGAUUCAGAUCAUCCUAAACAUUGACAAUCUGUCGAGCAAUUCUGUGAGGCGGGUCAAGUUUCAGUUUCUUCAGUGUACGGAACUAACAAUGUUCAAACAACGGACAGAUAGAUUUGUUGUCCUUGAAAUGGAAAGCGACGAAGGAUUUCCAGUUCCACCGCAGUCCAAAGAAUGGCAACACAAAUAUUCCAUCCGUCCAUCAAUUCAGGAUGCUCGAGUGAAGGCUGGGCUUGCACUCGACGGAAAGUUAAAACACGAAGAUACCACCUUGGCAUCUUCAACACUGAUCAAGGACUUCCGCAAAAAGGAGGCCAUGGCUAUGGUUGUGCAGUAUGCAAUACGCGUCAAACUCUGCACAGGCUUCGGGGGUCGAGACGUGGAGGCAGAUAUACCGGUAAUCCUCACACACAAGCGAUCCACUCCGGAACUAGUGAAGGCGGAAGCGAUCACAGAUCUGAUUAUCAGCCGAUUCAAGCGUAACAAAGCCAGAAACAGGCGAGAAUCGGACGAUGUGUGA